CGGAGUUGUUGAGCACAUGACGUCACGGCUCGUUUUUUCGGCACCAGGAGGCCCAUGUGGUGUUUUAAUGAGCGACCACCAACUCCAGCACUUUGAACACUUUCACCUGAUUAUUUUUGCACCUGGAUGCUCUUGUAGUUCAUACUUUCUAAGAUGUUGUUAACAGCGCUGGACGGAGAUGAGACGGCUGUUUUUAAAGCCGCUGUCGCCUCGGUGCAGAUCCAGGUGGAGCCGGUGGGCCGCUGGUUCGAGGCGUACAUCAAGAGGAGGAACAGGACCGCUUCGGCCUCUUUCCAGGAGCUGGAGGAGGAGCAGCAGUCCUCAGAGGAGUCGGAGGACGAGGAGUUCGUGCUGCAGGAAUACCCCAUGCUGCGGACCCUCGACCCCAAAGACUGGAAGAAUCAAGAUCACUAUUGUGUCCUCGGGCUUCCACACUUGAGAUACAAAGCCACGCAGAAACAGAUCAAAACCGCCCACAAAGGGAUUGUGUUGAAGCACCAUCCGGACAAGAGGAAAGCUGCAGGAGAGCAGAUUGGAGAGGGAGACAACGACUACUUCACCUGUAUAACUAAAGCUAUUGAGAUCCUGUCGGACCCGGUGAAGAGGAGAGCGUUCGACAGCGUAGACCCCACCUUCGAUAACAGCGUGCCUUCAAAGAACGAAGGCAAAGAGAACUUUACUGAAGUGUAUGCUCCCGUUUUUGAGAGAAAUGCAAGAUGGACCUCCAAAAAGCACGUGCCCAAGCUGGGGACCAUGGAGUCCACUUUCGAAGAAGUCGAUAAUUUUUACUCUUUUUGGUACAACUUCGAUUCAUGGAGGGAAUUCUCAUACCUCGAUGAGGAGGAAAAGGAUAAGGCUGAGUGUCGAGACGAGAGGCGGUGGAUCGAAAAGCAGAAUCGAGGUUCCAGAGCCGUGAGGAAGAAGGAGGAGAUGAACAGAAUGCGAAACCUAGUUGAUUCUGCUUACAGCCUUGACCCGAGAAUAAAGAAAUUCAAAGAUGAGGAGAAAGCCAGGAAGGAGGCUGAGAAAAAGGCCAAGGUGGAAGCCAAGAAGAGAGAGCAGGAGGAGAAGGAGCGGGCCCGGCAGGCGGAGAUCGAUGCGGCUCGUUUGGCGAAGGAGAAGGAGGAAGAGGAGGCCAGGCAGGUGGCUCAGCUGGCCAAGAAGGAGAAGGAGAUCCAGAAGAAGGCCAUCAAGAAGGAGAGGCAGAAACUCAGGACUUCCUGCAAGACCUGGAAUUACUUCACUGAGGAGGAAUCUGACAGUGUGAAGAUGAUGGAGGAGGUGGAGAAGCUCUGUGAUCGCCUGGAGCUGACCAGCCUGCAGUCCCUGAAUGAGAUCCUGGCUCUGGGCUCCAGAGAGGACAGCAAGGUGGCCGUGGUGAAGCAGGUCCAGGAGGUGAACGCCCAGCUGCAGAGGGAGAAGGAGGCGGAGGUUCAGCAGCGGCAGCCGACCCGCUCUGAUCACGCCAGCGCAGGAGGAGGAGGGGGGUCGGGGAAGGGCUUCAACGAGGAAGACCUCCAGAUGCUCAUCAAGGCCGUCAACCUGUUUCCUGCUGGGACCAACGCAAG